UUCCGGCUGCCGGCUUGACAUGCAGAAGCCGCUGCUGGGGAGGUUGGGGCUGAGGUGGUGGCGGGCGACGGGCCUCGAGACGCGGAGCGACGCGGCCUAGCGCGGCGGACGGCCGAGGGAACUCGGGCAGCCGUCCCGUCCCGCCAUGGAAAUGGAGAAGGAAUUCGAGCAGAUCGACAAGGCUGGGAACUGGGCGGCUAUUUACCAGGAUAUUCGACAUGAAGCCAGUGACUUCCCAUGCAGAAUAGCGAAACUUCCUAAGAACAAAAACCGGAACAGGUACCGAGAUGUCAGCCCUUUUGACCACAGUCGGAUUAAAUUGCACCAGGAAGAUAAUGACUAUAUCAAUGCCAGCUUGAUAAAAAUGGAGGAAGCCCAGAGGAGCUAUAUCCUCACCCAGGGCCCUUUACCAAACACGUGCGGGCACUUCUGGGAGAUGGUGUGGGAGCAGAAGAGCAGGGGCGUGGUCAUGCUCAACCGCAUCAUGGAGAAAGGCUCGUUAAAAUGUGCCCAGUAUUGGCCACAGAAAGAAGAAAAAGAGAUGGUCUUCGAUGACACCAAUUUGAAGCUGACACUGAUCUCUGAAGAUGUCAAGUCAUAUUACACAGUACGGCAAUUGGAGUUGGAGAACCUGGCUACCCAGGAGGCUCGAGAGAUCCUGCAUUUCCACUACACCACCUGGCCUGACUUUGGAGUCCCUGAGUCACCUGCCUCUUUCCUCAAUUUCCUAUUCAAAGUCCGAGAGUCAGGCUCACUCAGCCCAGAGCACGGCCCCAUUGUGGUCCACUGCAGUGCUGGCAUUGGCAGGUCAGGGACCUUCUGCCUGGCUGACACCUGCCUCUUACUGAUGGACAAGAGGAAAGACCCGUCCUCUGUGGACAUCAAGAAAGUGCUGUUGGAGAUGCGCAGGUUCCGCAUGGGGCUCAUCCAGACGGCCGACCAACUGCGCUUCUCCUACCUGGCUGUGAUCGAGGGUGCAAAGUUCAUCAUGGGCGACUCGUCAGUGCAGGAUCAGUGGAAGGAGCUUUCCCAUGAAGACCUGGAGCCUCCCCCCGAGCACGUGCCCCCACCUCCCCGGCCACCCAAACGCACACUGGAGCCUCACAAUGGCAAGUGCAAGGAGCUCUUCUCCAACCACCAGUGGGUGAGCGAGGAGAGCUGUGAGGAUGAGGACAUCCUGGCCAGAGAGGAAAGCAGAGCCCCCUCAAUUGCUGUGCACAGCAUGAGCAGUAUGAGUCAAGACACUGAAGUUAGGAAACGGAUGGUGGGUGGAGGUCUUCAAAGUGCUCAGGCAUCUGUCCCCACUGAGGAAGAGCUGUCCCCAACCGAGGAGGAACAAAAGGCACACAGGCCAGUUCACUGGAAGCCCUUCCUGGUCAACGUGUGCAUGGCCACGGCCCUGGCGACUGGCGCGUACCUCUGUUACCGGGUAUGUUUUCACUGACAGACUGCUGUGAGGCAUGAGCGUGGUGGGCGCUGCCACUGCCCAGGUUAGGAUUUGGUCUGCGGCGUCUAACCUGGCGUAGAAGAAACAACAGCUUACAAGCCUGUGGUGGAACUGGAAGGGCCAGCCCCAGGAGGGGCAUCUGUGCACUGGGCUUUGAAGGAGCCCCUGGUCCCAAGAACAGAGUCUAAUCUCAGGGCCUUAACCUGUUCAGGAGAAGUAGAGGAAAUGCCAAAUACUCUUCUUGCUCUCACCUCACUCCUCCCCUUUCUCUGGUUCGUUUGUUUUUGGAAAAAAAAAAAAAGAAUUACAACACAUUGUUGUUUUUAACAUUUAUAAAGGCAGGUUUUUGUUAUUUCUGGAGAAAACAAAAGAUGCUAGGCACUGGUGAGAUUCUCUUGUGCCCUUUGGCGUGUGAUCAGAUUCACGAUUUACGUUUAUUUCCGGGGGAUGGUCCCACCUGUCAGGACUAAAGUUCCUGCUGGCUUGGUCAGCCCCCGCUGCCCACCCUGAGCUUGCAGGUGCCCUGCUGUGAGGAGAGCAGCAGCAGAGGCUGCCCCUGAACAGAAGCCCGGCUCUGCUUCCCUCAGGUGUCCCUGCAUUUCCAUCCUCCUUCUUUGUGACCGCCAUCUUGCAGAUGGCCCAGUCCUCAGCACCCCACCCCUGCAGAUGGGUUUCUCCGAGGGCCUGCCUCAGGGUCAUCAGAGGUUGGCUGCCAGCUUAGAGCUGGGGCUUCCAUUUCAUUGGAAAGUCAUCACUACUCUAUUAGAAGCCACUCCACUGAGGUGUAAGCAAGACUCAUACAGGAGGAGCCUUGGUGCCAUGGAAGCCACUCCGUGCGCAGGACCUGUAACAACCUCUGAAACACUCGGUCCUGCUGCAGUGACGUCCUUGGAGGCAUCAGACAGAUGAUUUGCAGACUGCCAAGACUUGUCCUGAGCCGUGAUUUUCAGAGUCUGGACUCAUGAAACCGCCGAGCGCUUACCGUGCAGCCUCCGAUGCUGGUUGGCUGAGGCUGCGGGGAGGUGGACACUGUGGGUGCAUCCAGUGCAGUUGCUUUUGUGCAGUUGGGUCCAGCAGCACAGCCCGCACUCCAGCCUGAGCUGCAGGCCACAGUGGCCAUGGAGGCCCGCAGAGCGAGCUGGGGUGGAUGCUUGUUCACUUGGAGCAGCCUUCCCAAGACGUGCAGCUCCCUUCCUGCUUUAUCCUUCUGCUUCCUUCCCUGGAGUAGCAAGCCCACGAGCAAUUGUGAGGGGUGUGAGGGAGCUGCAGAGGCGUCAGAGUGGCCUGCAGCGGCGUGAGGCCCCUCCCCCUCCGACGCCCCCCUCCGGAGGAGCCGCUCCACUGUUAUUUAUUCACUUUGCCCACAGACACCCCUGAGUGAGCACACCCUGAAACUGACCGCGUAAGGUGUCAGCCUGCACCCAGGACCGUCAGGUGCAGCACCGGGUCAGUCCUAGGGUUGAGGUAGGACUGACACAGCCACUGUGUGGCCGGUGCUGGGGCGGGGGCAGGAGCUGAGGGUGUUAGGAGCAAUGUUCAGGAACAGACGACAGUGGUGACAUGUAAAGUCCCUGUGGCUGCUGAUGACAUGUGUAGGAUGAAGGCUGGCCUUUCUCCCAUGACUUUCUAGAUCCCGUUCCCCAUCUGCUUUCCCUGUGAGUAGAAAACACACAGGCUCCUGUCCUGGUGGUGCCGUGUGCUUGACAUGGGAAACUUAGAUGCCUGCUCACUGGCGGGCACCUCUCGGCAUCGCCACCACUCAGAGUGAGAGCAGUGCUGUCCAGUGCCGAGGCCACCUGACUCCCGGCAGGACACGUCAGGCUCUGGCCUGCCCCACCACAGCCCGCUGGAUCUCAGACAUUCCACACUCACACCUCAUUCCCUGGACACUUAGGCAAGCAGGGCCCUGCCACCUCUGGGGUCAGCCCCUCCAUUCCGAGUUCACACUGCUCUGGAGCAGGCCAGGACCGGAAGCAAGGCAGCUGGUGAGGGUACCCUCCUGGGAAUAGUGUAGGUGACAGUCCUGAGAGUCAGCUGGCGCUGCUGGCACCAGUCACCUUGCCCAGAAGUGCUGCUCUUGAGCCUGGAAGAGACUGAUGAUGGUGCUCACGACUCUUCUGUGAGGGGAACUUGACCUCCACAUUGGGUGGCUUUUUUUAAAAUAAGCGAAGGCAGCUGGAACUCCAGUCUGCCUCUUGCCAGCACUUCACAUUUUGCCUUUCACCCAGAGAAGCCAGCACAGAGCCACUGGGGAAGGUGAUGGCCUUGCCUGCAGAGGCUGAGGAGAUGGCUCAGCCGGGGUCCAGGCUGUGUCUGGAGCAGGGGUUGCACAGCAGCCUCACAGGUGGGGAUCCUGAGAGCAGGCGCUGCCCUGUUGCCCCGCUGGAGGCAGCAAAGCUGCUGCAUGCCUUAAGUCAAUACUUACUCAGCAGGGCUCUCUCUCUCUCUCUCUCUCUCUCUCUCUCUCUCUCUCUCUCUCUCUAAAUGGCCAUAGAAUAAACCAUUUUUACAAAAAUAAAAGCCAACAACAAAGUGUUCUGGAACAGCACCUUUGCAGGUGUGUGGGGUGUCUCAGGGUCUUCUGUGACCUCACAGAACCGUCCGACUGCACCGUUUCCAACUUGCUGUCUCACUAAUGGGUCUGCAUUAGUUGCAACAAUAAAUGUUUUUAAAGAACAGG